CACAGGACCAGAUCAAGUGCAAUACUACAUUGUGUACUGUACACCGCGAGAGCCCAUCUCUGACCUCCAACCAUGCUGACCAGGAAUAUCCUCGUCCUCUGCUCAUUGGCUCUGGUUUUGGUUGAAGCAGACAUUGAAGCAGUGGAUGGUGGGUCCCAAGCCAUGUUUGCCACAGAUCAGGACUCAACAUCAGACGAGGCACCGACAGAAAGCAUGAACUUGGUCUCGCCUGACCAGCCUAAUGAUGAGCUUUUGCAUUAUAAUGGAGCAAAUGCAGAUGCCAGCAGUGCAGAGACGGUGAAUAAUGCACCUCAAGUAAAUGAUGUGCCUAAAGCUGAUGCAGCUAAAUCUAGCAUGGAAGACAAUGAUGAGGAAGAAGCACCGGACUCAGAGGAGAUUGCGUCUGUGAAACCCGCCCCGGCUCCAGUCCAACGGGCAACCAAAUCCCAUAAUGCAUCAGCACGUAAACGCAGCAAACCAGCAUCAAAAAAGAGAACAAGAAACCUUCGUCCUUGA